AUGGCCACCGCACAACUAACAGGCGAUAUUCCCUCGGGCAACUUGGGGAUUUCCAGGCGGGUCAACUUAUGGAGGAAGAGGCUAGACUCAGUUGCUACACUAUCAGGAUCGGGACGCUUAGACCUUGACUUGACCGAACAGAACCUUGCGAGACUGUUUGCUCGAAUCCAGACUUAUGGUUACCCGUCAUCUGGUAGCGAACCUAUUGAGCAGGUACCACCUCCAGUUACCAAUUUCGAGGAAGAGGGUGCACCUCCCCUCUAUCUCAACAUCGUGAUUCAUGUCAUAGGGUCUCGUGGGGAUAUCCAACCCUUCAUUGUACUCGGCAAGUCCUUGAAACGAUACGGCCAUCGCGUGCGACUGGCAACACAUUUGGCGUUUAGGAGCAUGGUCAGGGAGAGCGGCUUGGAGUUUUUCAACAUUGGAGGUAACCCUGAAGAGUUGAUGAUGUUUAUGGUAAAAAAUGCAGGGCUGUUACCUGAAUUCAAGACCAUCCGAAGCGGAGCCAUCAAACAACAUCGACGCGACAUGGGCGACAUUAUCAGCGGCUGCUGGCGUUCAUGUUUUGAGACUGGAGAUGGGACACAGGGGGAUCAGGCCUCGGAUGAUUCCGCGACUGAUGGAGGUUGUCUCACAGCACCCUUUGUGGCUGAUGCAAUCGUGGCCAACCCACCAAGUCUUGCUCAUAUUCACUGUGCGGAGAACCUGGGGAUUCCACUUACUAUAAUGUUUACCAUCCGACGGUAUAGCACCAAGCCGACAGUGGCGAAUUUCGUGUCCUACGCCGUUGUGGAUAUGCUCAUUUGGCAGGGCCUUGGCGAUAUCAUCAACAGAUUCCGCAGGAAAAUACUGGGCCUAGAUAUCUUGGAUACUGCACAAGCACUGGCUCUUGUGCAUCGGUUACAUGUUCCGCAUGCUUAUCUGUGGUCUGCUGCUCUCCUUCCCAAGCCACGGGAUUGGUCCAGUGAUAUUGAUGUUUGUGGGUUUGCCUUUCUCGCCUCAGCAAGCAACUACACGCCUCCAGACGACCUGCUUGCUUUCCUACACGCGGGUUCACCCCCAGUAUAUGUAGGAUUCGGAUCCAUUGUCGUGGAAAAUCCGCAAGAAUUGAGCCAUAUUGUAUUCAAGGCUAUCCAAAAGACGGGCCAGCGCGCCAUUAUCUCCAAGGGCUGGGGGGGACUGGGAGCGAAUGAAGUAAAUAUUCCUGAGAAUAUAUUCCUACUCGGCAGCUGUCCUCAUGACUGGUUAUUCAAGCACGUCUCCUGCGUUGUUCACCACGGGGGUGCUGGGACUACAGCUGCCGGGUUGAAACUAGGAUGUCCAACUGUCAUUGUUCCAUUUUUUGGCGACCAGCCUUUGUGGGGAUCCAUAGUCGCUCGCCAUGGAGUUGGUCCGCCUCCAAUCCCUUACAGAGAGCUCCCAGUGGACAAGCUUGCGGACGCCAUUCUGGUGGCUCUGCAACCGUCUUCCCGCCAAAAGGCCCAUGAACUUAGUAAUGUUAUAAAACAAGAAUCCGGAACAGAAGCCGCUAUCUCCAGUUUUCACCGCCACUUACAUGAUGCGCGAAUAAGGUGCGCUCUGUGCCCGUCCCGACCAGCGGUGUGGUGGCUGAAGGGCCCUGAUGUCGCCUUAAGCGCCUUUGCAAUGACUGUAUUGGCAGAGGCUGGGCUCAUGAAAGUACGUAAUCUUAAGCUAUACCGCUCCGAAGAAUACGACACUGCCAGAGACCCUGAAACUCCACUCAGUGCACUGUCGCAGGUGCUAAUAGGUAGCAUGGCCAAGCUCAUGAUAGAUGUCGGCGAUGUCUCUUCAGAGAUCUUUACUGUCAUUUCGGGGAAACGCUUUCGCAAAGAUGCUAGCGGAAGAGGCCAGAACGUCGAAGCUGAGGCGAUUAUAAAUGAGCUAGUAGCAUCUUCUGAGGAUCCCGGUGGCGUCUUCGCUCACAACCCGUCCCUGGUUACGGCUGCCUGUGAUACGGCGAGUAUAUUGCCCAAUAGGCGCGAUAAAAUGCGAGAAAAGCAAUACCCGUCGAAGCCUGCCCAAUUUCUUCCCAAGGCAGCUGCUCGUACAGGCCGUCUGGCCCAAGAGGUCCUGAACAUUUUGACCAUACCCCCAAUGGAGAUCACUCUUACAAUAUCUAGAGGUUUUCAUAAUGUGCCACUGGUCUUUCACGAUGAUACUGUGAGGGAUUUUCCAAAGGUGACUGGAAUGCAAAGUGGACUACAAGCAGCAGGAAAGGAGCUUAUGUUUGGCGUAUACGACGGUGUCAGCGGAUUGGUUACCCAUCCUCACCGGGGUCUUAAAGAUUCGGGAGUUAAAGGCUUGUUUCAUGGCGUUGGGAAUGGACUUGCAGGGUUUCUGUCCAAACCAAUGGCAGGUUCGUCCAUAGUUCCUCAUCUCCUCGAGCGUCACUGGCGCCGGAAGCAGAUGGUAGUAUGCUAA